AUGACGUCAAGCACGCGCCGCGCGCUUAGCGUGCGCAGCUGCGGGCCGGCGUCUUGAUCCCAGGUGUUUGCUCUUAGGUGGAGGUGUGCUGUGCUGUUUGCCAGGAUGUUUCAUGCUAUUGGCUCUGCGGAUGAUGAAGAGGAGCAGGCGGAGGAGGAUUGUCCUGAAUUGGUCCCCAUUAAGACGAAGCAAAGAGAGGAGAAGGAGGAAACGUCUGGCCCCGGCGCUAAGAUCCCAGUCACAAUUAUCACCGGGUAUUUAGGUGCUGGGAAGACAACACUUCUGAACUAUAUUUUGACAGAGCAACACAGUAAAAGAAUAGCAGUGAUUUUAAAUGAAUUUGGGGAAGGAAGUGCAUUGGAGAAAUCCUUAGCUGUCAGCCAAGGUGGAGAACUCUACGAAGAAUGGCUGGAACUUAGAAACGGUUGCCUCUGCUGUUCCGUAAAGGACAGUGGCCUUAGAGCUAUUGAAAAUUUGAUGCAGAAGAAAGGGAAAUUUGAUUACAUACUGUUAGAGACCACUGGAUUAGCAGAUCCUGGUGCUGUAGCUUCUAUGUUUUGGGUUGAUGCUGAAUUAGGGGUUGAUAUUUAUCUUGAUGGUAUCAUAACUGUUGUGGAUUCAAAAUAUGGAUUAAAUCAUUUAGCAGAAGAAAAACCUGAUGGCCUUAUCAAUGAAGCUUCUAGGCAAGUUGCUUUGGCGGAUAUCAUCAUCCUCAAUAAAACAGACUUGGUUUCAGAAGAGGAUUUAAACAAAUUAAGAACAACUAUUAGAUCAACAAAUGGACUGGGAAAAAUUUUAGAAACACAAAGAUCAAGAGUUGAUCUCUCAAGUAUAUUAGAUCUUCAUGCCUUUGACAGUCUCUCUGGAAUAAGUUUGCAGAGAAAACUUCAAAAUGUGCCAACAACACAACCUCACCUUGAUCAGAGUAUUGUUACAGUCACAUUCGAAGUACCAGGAAAUGCAAAGGAAGAAAGUCUAAAUGUCUAUAUUCAGAAUCUUCUGUGGGAAAAGAAUGUGAGAAACAGGGAUGACGACUGCAUGGAGGUCAUACGACUAAAGGGGCUGGUGUCGCUCAAAGACAAACCACAACAAGUGAUUGUCCAGGGUGUCCAUGAGCUGUAUGAUCUGGAGGAGACAUCAGUGAGCUGGGAAGACGACAGUAAGAGAACAAAUCGAUUGGUCCUUAUUGGCAGGAAUUUAGAUAAGGAUAUUCUUAAACAACUAUUUAUAGCUACUGUGACUGAAACAGAAAAGCAAUGGACAACACAUUUCAAAGAAGAUCAAGUUUGUCCAUAACACUAGAAGCAUCACCAAAAGGAUUGGAUAAUAAAAUUGGGAAUAAGUUUCCUGUUGGAUGUAUUUCAAGCAUCUAUUCUUUGCAUUACUUCUCUUAUGAAUUCCAGUGUAAACUUUAAAAUAGUAUUUAUUUUAUAGAAUACAUACAAUAUAGUAAAUCAGUAUUAUAAAACAUUUGAUAUUCAUACAA